UUGAUAUCGUCAAAAUCAAAGGAAAAAUUAAUUACCAUUUUGACACGGUAGAAAUUUUAUAUUUCAAUGACAACACUAAGCGGUAUUUUGACAUUUGCGAAGCGAAGUCAUCUACGAUGGCUUCUAACAAUAACAAAAAUUCGGAAAAUUCAGCUUUUAAUAACACAACAGAGUCAUUCGAUGUGGACUGGGAUGUCGAGAAAUAUAGAGAUGAACACGAAUGCGAAGAUCAUUGGGAAUUACGCAAAGCUUUCAUGGAAAAAUGGAAGAAUAACUUCCCCGAGGAAAGAUUAGUUUGUUUAGCUCGAGUUUACACUAAUAUUGAGUUCAUGGGCUGUAGAUACCCUCCGCCGGUAAUGCAGCAGAUCGCCCAGCUCUCAUUUGAGGCUGGCCGCCAAUACAGAGAGAAAAAGAAAUCAAAAUUACAACGCACAUUUGUGUCCGCUUCAACCGCAGCAGAAGAUAGAGCUCGUGGAGUGAAGCGUGUUGGCGGUGAAGUAGUUCCUGAUCCUGUCAAACCAAAAUCUGUCCACAUACAAUUCGUACCACAAGGAAAAAUAGUAGAAGAAGAUGAAAAAGAGAAAGAUUCCGACGAUGAUGAAGACCAACACCGAAGUUCUGAUAAUGAAAUGGAAAUUGCGAAGAAAUCUUUCGAAGCCAGUACAAUACCAAGUGAUAAAACCACAAAACAGUCCGAAGGGGAAGACUAUUUUACGGAAUUAUCUAAUCUAAAGUGUUUAGAUGUACGACUAUUUAGGGAAAGGAUGUUUGAAAGUACGUUCGGACCUUUGGUGCUGUUGGUCCGACCGUGGGCUAGGAAAAUAUGGAAUAUACAGACUAGCUGUCAAGUAUGUGGAUUAAGUAUAACAAAUGGAUAUGAGAACAAGAACUACACUUUAUGUAUCAAUCAGAAACUGUUGGCGCAGGCGUCAGGCGAUACCAAAGUUGAGGCAAAGAAUGCAGCUGAAAUGAUAGCGUGGGAGAGAUUAAAGCGUGAAGUGGUGUGCCUGUUAAUAAAGGAGCAGUUUAUAGCUCAAGGUGACGCUCGGAUCAGUAUGAGUGAUGUCUCCGGGAAGAAGAGAGACGAUGUCUUCGGAACACCCGUUGAAAACUCCGUUGCUAUGAAAAUGAUGAAAAUGAUGGGCUGGCAAGGCGGAGGGCUGGGUGCCGACGCGCAGGGCAUAGCGGAACCUAUCAAACCUAACUUGCAAAUGGUAAACAGAGCUGGUUUAGGCAGUGCAGCAGGUGUGAAGAACCUCAGACGAGCAGCUCAAGCGUUAAUGCAACGCUACAUAGCAUCAGACACGAUCGAUUUGGACCUCGUCUUCACCAAUGACUUCGCGAAACCGGAGCGAGCGACACUGCAUCAGGUGGCGCAGCGGAUGGGGCUGGCUUCCAGGAGCUACGGGGAGGGAGAUGAAAGAUUCUUAGUAGUAAGGAAGAAAUUGGAUCCAUUCUCAUUGGUUCGUGCGGUUAUCGAGAAAGGAGGUGUGUCGCCGAAAUAUCAAGUGUUUCUACCAGAAAGUCUGAUGCAGACUGGAAUACGUUAAUCUGUGAUCAUCAUACAUCAUCAUACAUCGUCAUCAUCAGCUGGAAGAUGUCCACUGUCCACUGCUGGACAAUGAUAUUCAGUUAGCCAUAUAGGACUAUUGUCCGUGUGCAUUCAAUUGAUUCAAAAUGAUUGUUACGCUUUGGUAUAACGAUUUUGAUAUGAUUGUGAUUUGAUGGCAUAAAAAUAUAAAAUGGUGACAUAAUUUAAUUUCCUACAAUGUUAUUAGACAUAGAUUAUAAAAUGUAGUAAACAUAUUAUCUAUUAAAAAAGGAUAGUGUUUACGCAUAGAUGAAAUAGUGAUAGGCUAGUUUCCUACUAGUCAAAUUCAAUACUUUUAUCUUUGUAUGUGAUACAGGUUUAUGACGUCAUCAUAGUUUUACGUCAAUAAUGAAGUAGAUCAUCAAAUCAAUGAAUGAAACUGUGAUUGUUUUUGAAUAUUUUAUUGUAUUGAAAAUUUGAAAUAAUUUAUUUUUGACUGAGGAAAUUAUCCAGUCUUUCAUUUCUGUUCUGUUGCGUAACAACACCUUAUGUGUUAUACGUAUUGAAGAAAAUUAUGCGAAUCGAUAGGGAAUCAGUUGAUCCAUUUUGUAAAAGGAUAUCUUCCAGCUGAUAGCCAUUCAAGAAUCAGUGAUUAGUGACCAUAUCAUUAAUUAGAAAUAAAAUAUUUUUACCAUAAUUAAGUUCUAAGAAUAAUAAUAAAAAAUACAUGGAGAAUGAUGAGUUUGUUGGGUGAAAUUCAACUUUAAAAUGAUUGUGUUAUGAUUGAAAAUCAAUGUAAUUUGAAAAUCGUAGUUUUCUUUGGCACGGUAACAAUGGUCGUCUUGCUUAUUUAUCUUCAAAGUUAAUUAUUCAUUGAAUAUGUACACCUUACACACGUUUUCGCUUUGUAUAUUCUCUCCGUACAGUCGAUGGUCAGUUUAUUCUGGUAAUAUACUAUAUAGAGAUCACUAUUAUGUCUUAAAUGAAACUACAAGUAGUACUCGUUCAUAGAAGCACAAUACAAUGUUUCAAGGAAAACCGAAAAGAAUAUUUUGCAACGUAAAUUGAAAAUUAAAAAAAAAAUAGUUUCAAGCAAAAUAAAUAAUUAAAUUAAUCAAGUAUUUAAAUUCUGUAUGAACAGCUGCCAUGUUCCUUGACCACAGAAGAGCUGUAAUGUUGUAGGUUGUCUAGGAAUGUUACGGACAUGUGGCGCGGUAGUUGCAAUACUGUAUUUGUAAAGAGUAUUAACCUUUUGAACGCCAAUGGCAUGUAUAGAUGUCAUGCGCAAGCGUGCCCUGUGCGCCACCGACAUCUAUAGAUGCCAAGAAACAGAUCACAGAGAAAAACAAAAUAAACACAUUAAAUCAUUA